CCGCGCGGGCGCGGCCAGUCCAGCUUCCUCCCGGCCCCUAAGUCCCCGGCCGAGUGUGGGGCCGCCUCUCCCUCCUGGAAGGAGCCAUCGCCGCUUUAAGGGGAAGAGGAGGGGAAGGGGGCGGGGGGAGCGGGGGCGGGGAGCAGCGGCGGAGGAGGGGGAGGGGGAUCCCCCUCACUCCCACGUGGUCCGGGCGCCUGUGAAUCGCGCCCACCGGAGGGUCUCACAGCGAAAUACAAAAGCAGCUGGGAAGCGGCGGCGAGGCGAGUUCCCAGCGCCGGGCGGAGCGCCGGACAGAGCCCCGCAGCGCCCGGCGGCCGCGAUGGGGCUGAGGCGCCCGAAGCCCCGGAGCCAACAAGCUGCCGGGCCCGCCUCGCCGCCGGGACCCGGGUGCCUGGGCUCGGCUUGAAGCGGCGGCGGCGGCGGCGGCGGCGGCACCGGUGCGGCCGCGGGAGCAUGGGCAGGAGGAUGCGGGGCGCCGCCGCCACCGCGGGGCUCUGGCUGCUGGCGCUGGGCUCGCUGCUGGCGCUGUGGGGCGGGCUCCUGCCGCCGCGGACAGAGCUACCCGCUUCCCCGCCGCCCGAAGACCGACUCCCACGGCGCGCGGCCAGGAGCGGCGGCCCCGCGCCCGCUCCUCGCUUCCCUCUGCCCCCGCCCCUGGCGUGGGACGCCCGCGGCGGCUCCCUGAAAACUUUCCGGGCGCUGCUCACCCUGGCGGCCGGCGCGGACGGCCCGCCCCGGCAGCCCCUGGGCGAGCGCAGGCGGCACGUGCCAGCCGGGCGGCCCCAGCCGGAGGAGCCCGCCGCGGUGCACGGGGGCGUCUUCUGGAGCCGAGGCCUGGAGGAGCAGGUGCCCCGGGGCUUUUCGGAGGCCCAGGCGGCGGCGUGGCUGGAGAUGGCGCGAGGCGCCCGGGUGGUGGCCCUGGAGCGCGGGGGCUGCGGGCGCAGCUCCAAUCGACUGGCCCGCUUUGCCGACGGCACCCGCGCCUGUGUGCGAUAUGGCAUCAACCCGGAGCAGAUCCAGGGCGAGGUCCUGUCCUACUACCUGGCGCGCCUGCUGGGCCUCCAGCGCCACGUGCCGCCGCUGGCACUGGCCCGGGUGGAGGCGCGCGGCGCGCAGUGGUUGCAGGUGCAGGAGGAGCUACGCGCAGCACACUGGACCGAGGGCAGCGUAGUGAGCCUGACGCGCUGGCUUCCCAACCUCACCGACGUGGUGGUGCCCGCGCCCUGGCGCUCGGAGGACGGCCGUCUGCGGCCCCUGCGCGACGCCGGGGGCGAGCUGGCCAACCUCAGCCAGGCGGAGCUGGUGGACCUGGUACAAUGGACCGACUUGAUCCUUUUCGACUACCUGACAGCCAACUUCGACCGGCUCGUAAGCAACCUCUUUAGCCUGCAGUGGGACCCGCGCGUCAUGCAGCGCGCCACGAGCAACCUGCACCGCGGUCCCGGCGGGGCGCUGGUCUUUCUGGACAACGAGGCGGGCUUGGUGCACGGCUACCGGGUGGCAGGCAUGUGGGACAAGUAUAACGAGCCGCUGUUGCAGUCAGUGUGCGUGUUCCGCGAGCGGACCGCGCGGCGCGUCCUGGAGCUACACCGCGGACAGGACGCGGCGGCCCGGCUACUGCGCCUCUACCGGCGCCACGAGCCUCGCUUCCCCGAGCUGGCCGCGCUCGCCGACCCCCACGCUCAGCUGCUACAGCGCCGCCUCGACUUCCUCGCCAAGCACAUUUUGCACUGUAAGACCAAGUACGGCCGCCGGCCGGGGACUUAGCAUCACCCGGAGGAACAGAGAGAGACGCUGGACUGGGGUAUGGAUGGUGGGGGAAGGGCCGUCGCCUCUGCCUCUGCCUGGGACCAGCCAGCCAACGCCCAGCUAGCGGCCCAAGAGUGAAGGUGUAUGAAACUUCCGCUUCACCCACCUGCCCCCUUCUUUCAAUCUCACGCUAUUUCCUUUCAAAGUUCUGGGUGGACGAACUCAACGAGGCGGGAAGUGUAACAUUCUCCUCCACCCAGUUUAUAAAAGGAUUCUUUCCUGUGCCAGCGCGGAGAUUGGAUCCUAGGAAACUGGUUGCUGGGGUUUGGCCCCCCAGUGGCCGUCCCUGUGGGAGAUGCGCCCCAUUCUUGGGCCCCCUCGUUCUCUUUCCGAAAAAGGAAAACUUCCGUUUGAGCCGUUGAGCUAAUUCUGCAGUUUCCUACCAAAUGCAGCGCUGGUGGCCCCGGAGCAGGGCUGUGACAUUGGCUGGUGGAGCCCCCUUCCUGUGUUCUCCCUUUGUUCCAGCGCCGACGCGGUGAGAUCACUGUUCCAAGCAGGGGAACGGCUCCCCGUAGGACAAAGAGAGCGGGACCUCCAGACUCGGGGGAGCCCUGCCGACCCAGCUAAUUUGUGUGACUCAUUCCUGAUCUCUUGUCAUUUGGGCCUGAAGGCUAUGAAUUCAGGGCCGGCUGUAUGCACUGAGUCAAAUAAUGAAUUUUGUCUUCCUCCCCCAACCCCAACCAACCAAAAUUUUGACAAUGAUGAUGCUCACGAGAAGAAAAAAAAAUCAGUUUCAUGCACUUUAUUUUGUUUUUAUUUUAAUUUUUUAUUAAAACUUUUUUAUUUGACAGAAUUUGCCUUCUAUGUAUAUAUGUGCAUAAAGUGUGGUGUAAAUAUACUAAACAAACUUAUAUUUCAAUAAAAAGGAGUUUAAAAUUUAGAAUUUA